CUCAUGUGCUACAGACACUCAAUUCUAGGAUACGGCAGAUCCACCGCCCCACCGUCAUCACCACUGAAAACGAUCGCCAACUCAUCGCGAGACCCGACCUAUCUACCUAUACAAAGGACCAGGCUGAACUCUGAUAUGGCUGAGAGUCUCGACUGAUGAGAAUUGUUGCCUUCUCAAUCGAUUUAGUUGCUACGUCAAAAAGUCACUUGCCUCCCUCCCGCAAAGCUCAGAUUUAAGAAAGGUGGAAGACCCGUUUGUCAUGGCGGCUGUACCUAAAGACAGCGACAAGCAUGCUGGCAUAAAGAUGCACGGGACCAAAGGCUUCAGUCCCGGCAGGUGCCUCCGUGCCGCGAGGGACUACAAGCCGGGCCAGCUGAUGGCCGUGUUCGAUGACCCGCUCGUCGCCUUCCCCGACGCGGCCGGCAGCAAGACGACGUGCCACCACUGCCUGGUCCACAACGCAAAGGUCUUUGGCUGUACGGGUUGCGACAAGGCUGUCAGCUACUGCAGCGACGAGUGCCAGAAGGUCAACUGGAAGCUGAUCCACUCCAAGGAGUGCAAGGUGUUCCGCAAGGUGCAGGCCGCCGUUAGCAAGAACUGGCUGCCCACCCCCGUGCGAGCCCUGGUCCAGAUCCUGCUGCGCCUGUCCGAGGUGCACGAGGUCGUCACCGGUCUAGAGGGUCAUGGAGACAAGUUCAGGGCUCGGAAGGAGCUUUGGGAGAAUAUGAAGCUGCAGGCCUACGCUGGUAUUCACUAUGCCGGACGCAAGGAGGAUGAUGCGAACCUGAACUUGGCCGCCGAGAUACUUUGCAAAAUUCAAACAAACUCGUUCGACAGGUUCGAUGCCGAUACAGGCCAGAGUGGCACUUUUUUGGACCCUCUUCUAGCCAUGGUCAAUCAUUCGUGCAUCCCAAACGCCGUAGUCUUGUUCUGGAAGCGCAAGGCCUAUCUCAGGGCUGAGACGCCUGUCAAGGCGGGAGAGGACAUCACCAUAUCAUAUAUUGACUACACCAAGCCCCUGUCCUUUCGGCGCCAGGACCUAGAGCUGUAUCAUUUCCAGUGCGGCUGCCUACGCUGUGAGAAGGACAUGGACGUUUACCAGGUCUGCCGAGCAUCACCUAUACUCAAGUUCAACGAUGCAACCAUCUCUCCUAGCGCCGCGUGGCUGGCGAGCCCACCUGUCAGCGCGGGCCUUCCCGACCAAGGAGCGUGGCGAGCUCAAGUGGAGGCGAUAUACGCAGAGUGCGUCAGUACCCGUACCGAGAAUCCCACCGCGAACGAACGCCUGGCCAAGCUCAGGGAUGACUGGAGGCGGUGCAAGCCGCUCGUUGACGCAAAGCUGUGGGCGCUGGAACCGCUUGCCAAGACGAUACAGUCGGCGACGCUGUACUACCUAGCCGCCGACAGGCUGCCCAAUGCGCUGGCGACGGCCUGCCUCUCGGUCCUCUACUGCGAUCCCGUCCAAUACAUCGCGCCCUUCAAGCAAUUCCGCCUCACCGGCCUGAUGCUCGUCGCAAAGGUCCUCACGCAAACCUCGGUCCCCGACGACGAGUCCCUUGCCAAAGACGCGCAUCCCGACGUCGUGGCGGUUAUGAGCAGGUCCGACCAGGCGUCCAUGCUGCACGCGGUCCUGCUGCUGGUUACCAGCCUCGCCCCUAAGGGCCAUUCUCCGGACUGGGUUAUUCUCGAGGAGGCAAAGGUGAUGCUAUCGGGCAUCGAAAGCAUCAAGGGAAGGGAGAGUGAUGCUAUGCUGUUGCGCAAAUGCCUGGCCAACCCGGGAAGCGAUGGCCCGCAGAUGUCCUUCUUCCGAGAGCGGGUCUUGGGUCCCUUCGAGGAGCUGGCGCGCCUCGCUCCGUCGGUGAUCGCGGCGGACGUCGGCUCUUGAGCUGUGUUUUGUUUUGCGUGUGUAGUCUACCGUGGCCGAAUCACCAAGCCUGCUUGAAAUCUCCACCCGCACGUGAAUUUUAUGCUGUAUGCAUCUCUCAGCUUGCGCUCUGUCAUACAAAUAACCGUGACUUUCAGCUGAGGAACAUCCAAUAUAUCUCAUGAGCGCGGGGCUGUGCUUGAUUCUCAACCCAGCCGCCCUUCCUCGCCCC